AUGUUCAGCAGUGUGGGGCCCCGGGCUGUGUUCCUGGGAGGGGCCCUCCAGGGGCAGCCAGGCCGUGGGCGGCCCAGGGGGUCCUACUGCCCAGAUGCCCGGUGCCCUCCACCGCUGUCCCCCACGCUACCCGUGUUCAGCAGUGUGGGGCCCCGGGCUGUGUUCCUGGGAGGGGCCCUCCAGGGGCAGCCAGGCCAGUGCAGCUGCAGCGGCUGUGGGCAGGGUGUGGGCCUGGGGCUCUCACCGCUGUGUGUCCUGGCCUGUGAGGUGGGGACACUGGUGAAGCCACCUGUGCAUGCACAGACCCCAGCCCAGGCCUCCCUGGCCAGCAGCACAUCCUCCUUCCUCUUGCUGCCCAUCCUGGGUCCUGCCUGGGGUCAGGGGAUGCAGCUCCUCCUGGUCACCAGCCUUGCAGCUUUGCUUCUGCCAGAGGCAAGUGCAGCUUCAGCACACGAGGUUUUUUUCAAGAUCAAAGUUGAACAUGGGACCCCAGAGCAGGACACAGAGAAGGCCCGCGGCAUCCGCCUGGUAGAGCCUCCAGAGAAGGACAACCAACUGGUGGGGCUCCUCCCUGCCCCCAAGGAGAAGCCACGAGGUCAAGGUGCCGAGGCCUGGGUGGAGACUGAGGACAUCCUGGGCCAUGUCUGGAGCCCCCAGCGUGGUCCUGAGCCUGACCUCGAUGGCCUGUACCAUCCCCCACCUGAGGAGGCCCAGGGUGAGGAGGGGUCCUCUCUGUGGGUGACACCAUCUCUCCAGGUGCUCCAGGGGCCGGAGGAGGACCGAGACCACAUCUACCACCCUGUGGAGGGCUCUGAGGGGCCCUGA